AUGGCUGAUGCCAAACCAGUCGCCACUCCGAUGUCUUCUGGUCAGAUUCUUACUCUCUCCUCCAAUGAUAUACUGCCUGAUUCCUCUGUCUAUCGUGCAACGGUCGGAAGUCUUCAAUAUCUCACGCUAACAAGACCGGAUAUUGCGUUCGCCGUCAAUCGUCUCUCUCAGUACAUGCACCAGCCGCGGACUCUUCACUGGGAGGCAGUGAAACGGGUGCUUCGCUAUCUUGCAGGCACUGCUAACAUAGGUAUCUUAUUCUCCUCCAAAUCGCCUCUUAACCUCCACGCCUACUCUGAUGCUGACUGGGCUGGGAAUCGAGAUGAUUAUACAUCUACGGGUGCAUACAUUGCUUAUUUGGGUCAUAAACCUGUUUCGUGGUCCUCAAAGAAGCAAACCGGGGUUGCUCGUUCGUCAACAGAAGCUGAGUAUCGUGCUCUCACCGCUGUUGUUGCCGAGGUCAAAUGGCUCCACUCACUCAUGACUGAACUUGGUCUCAAGUCCACUGCUGUUCCGGUUCUUUACUGCGACAACAUUGAGGAAACUUAUAUGUCGGCUAAUCCUGUCUUUCACUCCCGCAUGAAGCACCUCGCUCUCGACUAUCAUUUUGUUCGGGAACAGGUUCAGGGAAAAACACUUCGCGUUGCUCACAUUUCCUCUGCUGAUCAACUGGCGGAUGCGCUAACCAAGCCGUUACCUCAUGCUCGUUUUCUUGAUCUCUCUGCCAAGAUUGGACUCUGUCGCCGGCGUCCAUCUUGA